GAGGCGGCAGGAGCCCGGGGACGGGAAUUACUCACUGCCGGGUCUGGGAGGUAAAGGUCGCCGGUAGCGGCGGGAGCCCGGAUCACCCCAUGGAGAGCGCCCUGUGAUCUGCGCCCGGAGCCAGCAUGUCCGUGUACGAGCUCUACUCCCGGUACACCCGGGUGUGGAUCCCUGAUCAGGAGGAGGUUUGGAUAUCGGCCGAAAUCAUCAAGGAUUAUAAAGAAGGGGAUAAAGUUCUGCAGCUGAAACUUGAAGAUGAAUCUGUGGUGGAGUAUCCCGUGUCUCCGACCUCGUUACCUCACCUGCGUAAUCCGGACAUCCUGGUGGGAGAAAAUGACCUGACUGCGCUCAGUUACCUCCAUGAACCAGCCGUGCUCCAUAACCUCAAGGUCCGCUUCUUGGAGUCCAACCACAUCUAUACGUACUGCGGAAUUGUGCUGGUUGCCAUAAAUCCUUAUGAGCAGUUGCCAAUCUACGGUGAAGAUGUCAUUUAUGCCUACAGUGGGCAAAACAUGGGCGAUAUGGACCCUCAUAUAUUUGCCGUGGCAGAAGAAGCAUAUAAGCAGAUGGCCAGGGAUGAGAAGAACCAGUCCAUCAUUGUAAGUGGAGAGUCUGGAGCUGGGAAAACCGUGUCUGCCAAGUACGCCAUGAGGUACUUCGCCACUGUUGGGGGCUCUGCCAGCGAAACUAACGUGGAGGAAAAGGUCCUGGCGUCCAGUCCCAUAAUGGAGGCCAUUGGAAAUGCCAAAACGACCCGGAAUGACAACAGCAGCAGAUUCGGGAAAUACAUCCAGAUAGGAUUUGACAAGAGAUAUCACAUUAUUGGUGCCAAUAUGAGAACCUACCUUCUGGAGAAGUCACGUGUUGUGUUCCAGGCGGAGGAGGAGAGGAACUACCACAUCUUCUACCAGCUCUGCGCCUCCGCCGGUUUGCCUGAAUUUGCCGACUUAUCACUGUCACAAGCCGAGGAAUUCUUCUACACCUCACAGGGAGGAGACAUCGCCAUCGAUGGGGUGGAUGAUGCAGAUGACUUUGAGAAGACCAGACAGGCGUUCACUCUUCUGGGAGUGAAGGAGUCUCACCAGAUGAGCAUUUUUAAGAUCAUCGCUUCCAUUCUGCACUUGGGGAACAUAGAGAUCUCCUCGGAGCGGGACGGCGAAUCCAGCAGCUUGUCGAAAGGAGACCAGAGUCUUAACCACUUCUGUACGCUGCUCGGGGUGGAGCACGACCAGAUGGAGCACUGGCUGUGCCACCGAAAGCUCGUCACCACGUCGGAGACUUACGUGAAGAACAUGUCGGUCCAACAAGCGCUCAAUGCCAGGAAUGCUCUGGCCAAGCUCAUCUACGCUCAGUUAUUCAACUGGAUAGUGCAACAUGUGAACAAAGCCCUGCACACCACCAGCAAGCAGCACUCGUUCAUCGGCGUGCUGGAUAUAUACGGGUUCGAAACAUUUGAAAUAAACAGCUUUGAACAGUUCUGCAUCAACUAUGCCAACGAGAAGCUACAGCAGCAGUUUAACUCGCAUGUCUUUAAACUGGAGCAGGAGGAAUACAUGAAGGAGCAGAUCCCCUGGACCCUCAUCGAUUUCUAUGAUAAUCAGCCCUGCAUUGACCUGAUUGAGGCCAAACUUGGGAUUCUGGACCUUCUGGACGAGGAGUGUAAGGUCCCCAAAGGCACGGACCAGAACUGGGCUCAGAAGCUGUAUGACCGGCACGGCAGCAGUCAGCACUUUAAGAAGCCCCGGAUGUCUAAUGUCUCUUUUAUAGUUGUUCACUUUGCUGACAUGGUGGAAUACCAGUGUGAUGGGUUCUUGGAGAAAAAUCGGGAUACGGUUUAUGAAGAGCAGAUUAACAUCCUGAAAGCCAGUAAGUACCAACUGGUCGCUGAUCUGUUCCAAGACGACAAGAAUCCCAGCGCCCCAAUCUCCAGCGGAAAAUCCAAAAUUAAUGUCCGACCGGCCAAACCAGCCAUUAAAAGUGCCAAUAAGGAACAUAAGAAGACGGUGGGACAUCAGUUUCGUAACUCUCUCCAGUUGUUAAUGGAGACUUUAAACGCAACUACUCCUCACUACGUGCGCUGCAUUAAACCCAACGACGAGAAGAUGGCGUUCAGCUUCGAUCCAAAGAGAGCCGUGCAGCAACUGAGAGCUUGCGGCGUUCUGGAGACGAUCAGAAUCAGCGCCGCAGGCUACCCAUCCAGGUGGACCUACCACGACUUCUUCAUUAGAUACCGUGUAUUGAUGACGAAGAAGGAACUUUCCCAACCCGACAAGAAAAUCAUCUGCAAAAACCUGCUGGAGCAUCUUAUAAAGGAUACGGACAAAUUCCAGUUUGGACGCACCAAGAUCUUUUUCCGUGCUGGGCAAGUGGCUUAUCUGGAGAAACUGCGUGCCGAUAAAUUCCGCGCCGCCACCAUUAUGAUUCAGAAGACAGUACGGGGCUGGUUACAGAGACUGAAAUAUAGGAGGAUGAAAGCCGCUGCCAUUACCAUCCAGAGAUACACACGGGGAUAUCUGGCUCGCAGAUUGGCCGACCAUUUCCGCAAAACGAAGGCAGCCAUCUGCUUCCAGAAACAGUACCGGAUGAUCCGCAUUUAUCGGGUCUACCAGAUGAUCCGGAGAGCGGCUAUCACCAUCCAGUCCUACGCACGGGGCAUGUUUGACAGAAGAGUUUAUCGGGAGCUCCUGCUUCAGCACAAAGCUAAAAUCAUCCAGAAGCACCUGAAAGGAUGGAUGGCCCGCAAGCAGUUUAUCAAGUUCCGCAGCGCGGCCAUUGUUAUCCAGUGCUAUUUCCGCAGGAUGAUGGCCCGACGGGAGCUCAAACAUCUGAAGAUUGAGGCCCGGACGGCAGAGCACUUUAAGAACCUGAGCGUGGGCAUGGAGAACAAAGUGGUGCAGCUGCAGAGGAAGAUUGACGAACAGAAUAAAGAGCACAAAGAUCUGAAGGAACAACUCGCUACCGUAACGUCGGCGCGCACAGCCGAGGUGGAGAAGCUGCAUAAGGAGCUGGAGCGGCAGCAGCAGAACCAGCAAGACAAGAACCAGCUGAGCAGCUUACAGGAGGAGAUCGAGGCGCUCAGAACAGAGCUCGCCAAGAGCAGAGAUGAGAGGAAGAUCACAGAGGACCUGUAUAUGAACGAGAAGCAGCAACUGCAACAGAGAAUCUCUGAGCUAGAAGUGGAAAAUACUCAACUGAAAGAAGACAAAGAAGAACUGAACAACCGGAUCCUUCUCCGCUCCGAAGAUGAGUUUACCCAGAUUGCGCUCAAAGAAAAUCAGGGAAUCCGGAAGGAUCUGGAAGAAGAGAGAGCCCGCCACCAGAAUUUAGUAAAGGAAUACACCAGGCUGGAGCAGAGAUAUGACAACCUGCGUGAGGAGGUCACCCUCAUCAAGCAAACACCAGGACAUCGUAGAAACCCAUCAAACCAAAGCAGUCUGGAGUCUGAUUCCAACUACCCCUCAAUAUCCACCUCUGAAAUUGGGGACACGGAGGACACCAUCAUGGAGGUGGAGGAAGCUGGGCUGGAGAAGGCUGCCAUGGACAUGACUCUGUUCCUGAAGCUUCAGAAGAGGGUGAGGGAGCUGGAGCUGGAGAGGAAGAAGCUGCAGAACCAACUGGACAAGAAAGAACAGCAAGAAAAUAAAAAGUCUCAGGUCAUUGAGACAGCGAAGGACACAGACCGCGACACUGACAUCGCCUACAACAACCUGAAGAGGCAAGAACUGGAGUCUGAAAACAAGAAGCUGAAGAACGAGUUGAAUGAACUAAGAAAAGCCAUCGCCGAUUCAGCAGGCGACACAGACACCAAUGAAGAACCCAGCGGCUACACCCUCCUCCUGAACCAACUGAAGUCCGCCCUUGAGGAGCUGGAGGUGCGGAAAGAAGAGGUCCUCAUCCUCAGGACGCAGAUCGUGAACUCCGCGCAGCCGAAAAAUUCUGACAAGAGCACUGAUUCAGAAGCAAACUGGCCAAACAGCAACAAAGAGAUGGAGCAAGAUGACGCCAUUGAGGCGUACCACGGUGUCUGCGAGACAAAUAGACUCCUGGAGGCCCAGCUUCAGUCCCAGAGCCAGCAGCAUGACGAUGAGGUGGAGGCGCUGUCCGAUCAGAUUGAAGCACUGAAGGAAGAGCUGGAUAAACAACAGCAGGUUCUGUUCCAGGCCAUACAGCUGUCCCCAGAGGCGCAGGUGGAAUUUGGGCUACAGCAGGAAAUUACACGUCUCACCAAUGAGAAUCUGGACCUGAAAGAAGUGCUGGAGAAGUCGGAGAAGAAUGAGAAGAAACUGAAGAAACAACUGAAGCUUUAUCUGAAGAAAGUCCAAGAAUCUGAAGGAGCGGCAGACAUCAUUCAGCCGGAGAGGAGGCAGUCUGAACUGACCAGACAGGUGACGGUGCAGCGCAUCGAGAAGGAUUUCCAAGGAAUGUUGGAGUAUUACAAGGAGGAAGAGCCUCUCCUCAUCAGGAACCUCAUUUCAGAUCUGAAGCCGCAGUUGAUAUCUACGGGUGUGCCCUGCCUGCCUGCCUACAUCCUCUUCAUGUGUAUCCGACACGCAGACUACGUAAACGACGACCAGAAGGUUCACUCCCUCCUCACCUCCACCAUCAAUGGCAUAAAGAAAGUACUGAAGAAACACAACGAUGAUUUCCAGAUGACGUCUUUCUGGCUGUCAAACUCCAGCCGUAUCCUUCACUGUCUGAAGCAGUACAGCGGGGACGAGGGUUUUAUGACGAGCAACUCUUCCAAGCAGAACGAGCAUUGCCUCCGCAACUUCGACCUCACAGAGUAUCGCCAGGUCCUCAGUGACUUGUCCAUCCAGAUCUACCAGCAGCUCAUAAAGAUUGCCGAAGGCCUAUUGCAGCCAAUGAUAGUUUCUGCCAUGUUGGAAAAUGAGAGCAUCCAGGGUCUGUCAGGGGUGAAGCCGACUGGUUAUCGGAAGAGAUCGUCCAGCAUGGUGGACGGAGGUGACAACUCGUACAGCCUGGAAGCUGUGAUCCGUCAGCUGAACCUCUUCAACAACAUCAUGUGUGAGCACGGCCUGGACCCCGAGAUCAUACAGCAAGUCUUCAAACAGCUUUUAUACAUGAUCAAUGCCGUCUCCCUGAACAACCUCCUGCUGAGGAAGGACGUCUGCUCCUGGAGCACCGGCAUGCAGCUCAGGUAUAACAUCAGUCAGCUGGAGGAGUGGCUUCGGGGGAAGAACCUGCACAACAGCGGAGCCGCCCAGACCAUGGAGCCGCUGAUCCAUGCAGCACAACUCCUGCAGCUGAAGAAGAAGACGCAGGAGGAUUCGGAGGCCAUCUGCUCCCUGUGCACUGCUCUCACCACGCAGCAGAUAGUAAAAAUUCUGAACCUGUACACACCGGUCAAUGAGUUUGAGGAACGCGUGACGGUCGCUUUUAUUAGAAGUAUUCAGGCCCAGUUACAGGACCGAAAAGACCCUCCCCAGCUGCUGCUAGACUCCAAGUACAUGUUCCCAGUUUUAUUCCCCUUUAACCCGUCAUUAAUCACCAUGGACACUAUUCAUAUACCCGACAUCCUCAACCUCAACUUCCUCAACAAAGUUUGAAAAGACAAUUUUUAUUUUUAUCAAAAUUCUAAUCCAAGGAAAAAAAAAAAAUAUAGAUAUGAAAAAUCCCAGGACCAAGACACCACAUCCUAAGGAAGAGGAAAAAAAAAAAAGUCUGACUCUCCGCAGAUGCUGAUUUUAUUUUAUUUUAUUCUUUUGCAAAGAAAAUGUAACUAUUUUUUAUUUUAAAGAAAGAAAAUCCUGUAAAAACAAUAGAAAAUGUUUACACUUUGCUGUGAUCCUGGAAGGAGACACUUCUGUUUUUAUAAGUAACCUCCGGAGUCGGCCUCACUGUUUCAAAUCAGAGACUAUAAAUGGACGGUCCACUGCUCUGCUCUUUGUACCGCUCGAUGUUAGGCUGUCAUGUGGCGAUAUUAUUUAUGGGAGGCAGGACAGUAUUUCUGGUGACACAGAAUUAAAUUAUCCGAGAUUUUGAUGUAAAUAUAUAUUAGAGAUUUAACGUAACAGUCACAGAUGUAGCAGAGCUGUUUAUCGUUUUGCCGCAACUCAUGGUGAGAACACAACGUUAUCUGUGCGUACACAUUAUCAUCUACAGCAUUAUGUUAAAGGGGUUGUCCCACAAAAAAUAUUCUACAUUUUUCAAACCAGCACCUGGAUCGGAAUACUUUUUGUAAUUGCAUGUAAUUAAAAAUUUUGUAUGGACACUG